GGGCGGGCGGGCCGGCCACGCCGCCGGGCAUCUCUGACAAGAUGUCGGACAGCAUCAAGGAGGCCCAGGAGACGUGCUCAGAGGACGCCGCCAGCGGGGAGUGCGCGGCGGCGUGGGACGAGGUGGAGGAGCUCAGCGCCGCGGCCAGCCACGCCAGGGACAAGCUCAAGGACUCCGACCCGCUCGAGAACUACUGCAAGGAGAACCCCGAGACCGACGAGUGCCGCACCUACGACAGCUGAGCGUACGUGCUAAUCUGUUCUGGACGGCGGAUAGUGAAGGUGGACGUGGUGUUCUUGGCUCAUGGGAGCCCGAGAAACCUGCUAUGUCUCAACCUACCGUUACUUACACGAUCGGGAUGUAUGUAGUAAAAACGCUCCAAAUAUUUUCCCAGGGACAUACGUGGUUGAUACAAUUGAUAAUACAGACGUUUAUUUAAAGUUGUA